AUGUGCGAGAACCACGGUAGCGAGAAAGCCUAUUUGUUUCCCAUCGUGGCCGAGUUCAGCCUUUCUCGUACCAACAUCUGCGCUGAGAAGUCAUUCAAGAACAAAUACUCCAUCUCGGAACGCGAUUUGCGCGAACUGACAGCCCGGAUUAUUGCCUACUUCAAUGCCGAUAUUCCUGGAGUUUCUGUGGUAGAAGUAAUGUUCACCUUCUACGGAUUUUUUCACAUUUUUCUGUCCGAUGAAGUGAAUAUUGGCAAAGUCAGCGAGGCAUUUCCCCGUCGUGUCGCUGACUGUUUUGUCUACUACAACAAUAUCAGCGACCUUCGCCACCCGGACUCAAUGCAACAAAUGGCCAGACGAGAUAUAACGCCACAGCCCACCGCCGCGAUCAUUGACGACACAGAAUACAGCGUCUUCCGUCCAGGAGUUUUGGUUUGCAGCGAGAUGCGGACCGGCACUGCGAGGAGCACACUGGGGGUACUUGUGAAAGAUGACAAUGGCAACGGUUACGUGACCGCUGCGAGCCAUAGGAUGGCUGACAAUGGCAUUGUAAUGACACCUAAAACGGGCCGGAUCGUUGGCACAGUUUCUGCGGACAUUCCGCGGACAGACAUUGCUUUGGUCGACUUGAAUAAGGACGUAGAGUUUGAGAACCAGCCAUUCGAGACUGCUCCAGAUAUUCCCUCUAGUUUCACCCGUCUGGCGACAGAGGACGACGAUCUCACACAUGAUACCUGUUUCCUCGACAGCCCAUUUUCCGGUGUAUUGGAAGGGGUGGUGGCUGGCACAUCUAUCCGAGUCGAAGGCACAGAGCACAUUGGCUACAUUUGGCAGUAUUACGGGCAAUUGCAAGGGCGGAUUUGUCCCCCAGAUGGCACUUGCGGAGCGCCAAUAUGCAAUGAGAAUGGUGUUGUCAGCGAUGGGAAUUUCUCUGGUCUUUCAGCAUCUGUGAGUGCUUCAGGACUGAAGCACGCCAACUUUGAACUUUCCCUUUAG